AUGAGUGGGCUACCCGGUGCCAGCACCUGCCCAGGUCCGGGAGAGGCCUCCGACCUUAAGUCCCCCCUGGGCGCCAAGUUCAGGGAACCUCUUACCGAGGCCCGGUUUCAGCAGCUCUUCGGGGACGCAGAGCAGGAGCCCGAGCUACUCGCGGAGCCCCGCUGGUCGCGGCUGCGCCGGCUUUGGAGGCGGCGGGCCCGCGCCUGUUCCGGACCGGGGCCGUGGCCCCUGCUGCGGGCGCGGCUGCCCCCGCUGCGUUGGCUGCCCCACUACCGCUGGCGGGCCUGGCUGCUCGGGGAUGCGGUGGCCGGAGUGACCGUGGGCAUCGUGCACGUGCCCCAGGGCAUGGCCUUUGCCCUCCUGACCUCCGUGCCCCCAGUGUUCGGACUCUACACUUCUUUCUUUCCCGUCCUCAUCUACACCUUGUUGGGUACUGGGAGACACCUGUCCACCGGAACUUUCGCGGUACUCAGUCUUAUGACGGGCUCGGCCGUGGAGCGGCUGGUGCCUGAACCCCUCGAGGGGAACCUGAGCGGCAUCGAGAGGGAACAGCUGGAUGCUCAGCGGGUUGGUGCGGCUGCGGCCAUGGCCUUCGGGAGCGGGGCACUGAUGCUGGGAAUGUUCGCGCUGCAGCUCGGCGUCCUGGCCACCUUUUUGUCGGAGCCUGUAGUCAAGGCGCUGACCAGUGGGGCCGCCCUGCACGUGCUCGUGUCCCAACUGCCUAGCCUUUUGGGGUUGCCCCUCCCGCGUCAGAUCGGCUGCUUCGCUCUCUUCAAGACGCUGGCCGCCGUGCUGACGGCGCUGCCGCGGAGCAGUCCCGCCGAACUGACCGUCUCGGCACUCAGCCUGGCGCUGCUCGUGCCCGUCAAGGAAUUGAACGUGAGGUUCCGAGACAGGCUACCCACCCCGAUCCCAGGGGAAAUCGUCAUGGUGCUUCUGGCCUCCGUGCUCUGCUUCACCUCUUCCCUGGACACAAGAUAUAACGUCCAGAUAGUUGGAUUGCUGCCCGGAGGAUUUCCCCAGCCUCUCCUCCCCAGCCUGGCUGAGCUGCCCAGGAUUCUGGCCGACUCGUUGCCCAUGGCACUGGUUACCUUCGCAGUGUCUGCCUCCCUGGCCUCCAUCUAUGCAGACAAGUACAGCUACACUAUUGAUUCCAACCAGGAGCUCUUUGCACAUGGUGUCUCCAACCUCAUCUCCUCCCUCUUCUCUUGCUUUCCCAACUCGGCCACGUUGGCCACAACCAGCCUACUAGUGGAUGCUGGUGGGAACACACAGCUGGCAGGCCUCUUCUCCUGUAUGGUUGUCCUGUCUGUCCUGCUGUGGCUGGGGCCCCUCUUCUACUAUCUGCCCAAGGCUGUCUUGGCCUGCAUCAACAUCUCCAGCAUGCGCCAGAUGUUCUUCCAGAUGCAAGAACUUCCACAACUAUGGCGCAUCAGCCGCGUGGACUUUGCUGUGUGGAUGGUCACAUGGGUGGCUGUCGUGACCCUGAGUGUGGACCUGGGCCUGGCUGUAGGUGUGGUCUUCUCCAUGAUGACUGUGGUCUGCCGAACCCAGAGGGUACAGUGCCUGGCACUUGGACUGGCUGAGGGGACAGAGCUCUACAGGCCACUCAGAGAGAGUCACAAGCUCCUCCAGGUCCCAGGGCUCUGCAUCCUGAGCUAUCCAACACCGCUCUACUUUGGGACCCGUGGGCAGUUUCGUCGCAUCCUGGAGUGGCAUCUGGGGCUUGGAGAAGGAGGCAAGGAGGCUCCAAAGACAGAUGGCCCACCUGACGCAGUUGCUGAGCCUGUCAGAGUGGUAGUCCUAGACUGCAGUGGCGUCACCUUUGCAGACGCUGCAGGGGCCAGAGAAGUGGUUCAGCUGGCCAGCCGAUGCCGAGAUGCUGGGAUCCAUCUUCUCCUGGCUCAGUGUAAUGCCUCAGUGCUGGGGACACUGACCCAGGCGGGACUCCUGGAUAGAGUGACCCCAGAACAGCUGUUUGUGAGUGUCCAGGAUGCAGCUGCAUAUGCCCUGGAGAGACUGGAGUUCACUGGUUCAAAGACCUGCACAGUGUGGGUCUGA